AAGUCAUUGUCAAUGGUUGACAUUUGAAUUUCCGAAACGCUUAUUUAUGAACUGUUUUACGAACUACGGUCAGAUUAAAAGGAACUUUUUCCAUAAAAUUUAUCAUUACUGAGCUGAGAAGUAAACAUAAUGAUUUUAAGAGUUAUUUUGGGACUAAUAUUUAUUGUUACUGUAUUGUGUACCCAUGAUGUAGACGUGAAAACUGAAGAAGAUUUAGGCGUAAAGUAUGCCAAUAGAUGCGAAGUGUGCAAAAUAUUAGCUACAGAGCUACAAAGCCGGCUUGAAGAAACCGGCAAAGUGCAUGAUGUGAUAGAAAUUGGAUAUUCAUUGGACGACGUUCAACCAAAGAAAAGGACUAAAUACCAGAAAUCAGAACUAAGAUUAAUAGAGUCGUUGGAUGGUGUAUGUGAAAAGAUUCUAGAAUACAACAUUCAUAAAGAACGUGAUGAUAGUACUAGAUUUGCAAAAGGUAUGAGCCAAACAUUUAAAACUUUACAUGGCCUUGUUGAUAAAGGUGUAAAAGUUGACUUAGGGAUCCCGUUGGAACUAUGGGAUAAGCCAUCAGCAGAAAUUACUCACAUGAAAACACAAUGCGAAAGUCUGUUGGAAGAGAAUGAGGAAGUUAUAGAAGAUUGGUACUGGAAACAUCAAGGUGAGAUUGACCUGAAAAUCCACUUGUGCACAAAACAUGCCUUGAAAAAUACAGAUGAUUCUUGUUUAUUUGAAGAGCUUAAAGAAAAAGGAGAUAAAGGAAAGGCAAAGACUGAAUUGUGAUUUAACUGAGUCACAUUAUAUUCUGUGAUUUAAUUUCAUAAGACUUAUUAUGAGGCAGUGCAUUCACGCAUUUAGCUAUUAUAUAAUGUCUGUUGUAUGGAGUUUGUUUAUUGUAAAAUGAGAAGAAUCAGGAUUUAUACAUGAUUUCUGCCAUUAUAGUAUACUUUGUUAGAAAUAUAUAGAAUAUUACAAAUUGAUUAUUAUACAAAUACCAACUAAUAAAUUACAUUUAAAUAUUGAUAUGCUAUGUGAAAUUUCGUAAAAACAUUACCAUUCGAAAUAAAAAGGAAUUUUUAGUAUUAAUUUGAUGAAAUAAAUUGUGUAAUUUAAUAUUUUAGUACAGUGUUAGUAUUAAGUAACUAAAAUAAAGAGUUUGUAGUAA